AUGAACAAUACAGAAAAUAUUAAUAGUAAUAUUAAUAAUGAAAAUAUAGCCACAGAAGAGCGUUGCUUGUUUGAUCGUAUUUCUACUUCACGUGUACCAGACAUCCUAGACAAAGGCUUACAGGGUGAAAUUUCCUUAAAUAGAAAUUUUCUGGAGGAUUAUGCAGCUACAUGUGACCAUUCAAGGCAGAAUGAAACAACAGUAAAUGUUGAAGACAGCAAGAGUGACAGCCUACAAAAAGUUUCAAGUUCGCAUAGAGACAUGUCUCCAAUAUUUUCCUAUCUUGAUGUAGACAACAACCAAAAUACAAAAGGUAGGGAGUUUUACAGUAUUUGUGUUGUAGAUGCUGAAGAUCUGAAAGGGGAUGAAGAGGUGCCAGCUACCGUGCAUGAAGAGACUGCAGCAGACAUAGAUAACUCAGCUGUUACUGAUGAAGGAAUGUGCAGCAUGGCACGACCUCUAGACAGUGGGGAGGAAUUUCCAAUGCAGCAAUCGGCACUAGUGGAAGCUAACUUUAAUUCACAGAAAGAACUGUUUGAGUCUAAAAAAGAGGCUAGGUCAAACAUGCAGAAAAAGGAGACAAGGAAAUAUUGUAGCAUAGACAUCCAAUCUUCUUAUGAUAACUUACUGGCUAACAGGUGUCAGGUGCAUAGGUUAAAUACUGACAAUACAGUAACAGAUGGCUUAAAAGUAAAAGUAUACAAUGAAGUCAUCCCUAAGAAGCUACAAGAUGAGUUAUAUAGCACAGGUAAUGCUGUCAGUUGGAACGAAUCACUUCAUAGAGCUUGUGAUUCUGUACAGUUUGCAGAUGCUGCUGAAGAGGACCAAUACAGCCCUAAUUCAGAAAACGUGAAACACAAUGAUUGUGUUUCCAGUGCAUUGUUAAACACCGAAGCAUGUAAUUCAAAGAAAAUUGAGGGAAGUCAUGAUUCUGAGAUUGUACCAUUUGAUUUAAGUAAGCAUCCCUCAAGCGUUGUAAAGGAAGUAAAUACUGAACAGGUGGCAGAGAAUAUGAGGGAUAACUUUAAAUUAUCAUUAGACUUACAUGAAAUGGACAAUGAUUCUUUUUUGGUGAGUCAACAUGUAGAAAAACGUGCUGAAGAAGGCUACUUCCUAAAGCCAGAAAAUGAAGUAAACGCAACUGUGGAAAAGAGAACAUUUCAAGGAAUGUAUGGUGAUAGCCAAAUGUUUGCACCUGACUCUAGUGAACAACAUAGCAUUCUGGAAGAAUUCUUGAAAGAGAAAGAGAAAUGUACAGGUACAGUUUUGCAUAGCUGUGAAGCUUUGAAUAUGACUGAAAUGCAUGAAAACUUGGAAGAAAGUUCUGAUUUUCAAACUCAAAUUAAGGGUUCGACUGAAAACAAGGCAUCAACUGAAGUUGCAAACCAUAGUGGAACGGAGGAAGAUGUCCGUGUGAGUAUCACUGAGCUAAAAGGUGACAUUCUUGAGGAAGCAGAUAGCUUGAGCAGAACUCGAUCAUGGGUAAGUGAUGGCACUUUGACAUCUCAUGAACUACAUAACACAAGCACAGGUGAAAUCUUCCUAAAGGAAGACAGCCUAGAAUCUCAAAUUUCACAGGAGUCGCUAGGGAAUAAAGGUAAAGUGUGCAAAUAUUCAAAUUCAGAUAACAAAACCAGUGUGUCUUUUGUGUCUGUGGAACAUGAGGAUAUGAAUAAAAUGGACAUGAACUGUAGACAAGAUGAGCAACAGGAUGUAUGUUUCUUCCACACAGUGGAAGCUCAAUGGAAUGUGGGGACUGACUCAGCCGAAAUAGCUGGGGAUGUAGCAGAAUCUGUAAAACAGACAAAGCUUGAAGUUCACCUAAACAAGACAGUUGAUAACAAGGUAGAAAAUGUAAAACAGAAUUUGAAUGCUAGCAUUGUUGAUCAUGAUAAAACCAUCUUAAAUUGCAAUAAAGGCUUGACUCACAAUCAGAAUGCUUACUCUAACUGCACUGUACCUGUAGCUUUGAACAAUUUUGUGUGCAAGAGUGUAAAAUUGAUAGAUGACACUAAAAAUCUGGAAGAUGCCAGUAAUUUCUUACAUAAAGCCCAUAAUUGUUUACCAUCACUCUGUCAAAAUUCAUAUUCUCAUGUGUGUGAUAAAUCAGUGGAAGAGCCUGAGUUAUAUCACUGUACCAGUCCAGAAGCAGAGGUUGGGAACACCCAAGUUUCUGUUGGGCCUUUUACCGAAGUAGGAUCAGAAACUCAUGAAAAAGAUGUGUGUGAUGUAAAUGAAUGUAAUCUUCAGGAUGGUGAAGUAAAACAGUGUGUCAGUAUCCACUCAAAGGAGGAGAACCUCGCUGGUUUUAGUAUGUCAGCUGGGAAACUAGAAGCUUUUACCACGGGGAAUUUAAAGCAGUUAGAAGCCAAGACUACUGAACUGAAAAACACCAGUUACAUAUUAAAUACUCAAAUGAAUGACUUGACCACAAGUUGGGAACAGAUGCAGUCAGAUCACAAGAUUUUCUCAAACAAAGGGCUUGGAGUUUUUGUUGACCCAAAGCAGGUAGACAAAUACGCUGCUACUCCUUCCUAUGAAAUACACAGUGCCUCUCCUGGUGCUGCAGGAUUUCAACAAGACAGUGAGUGGUGUGUAUUAGAUCUGAUGGAAGACAUAUCGAGUGACCAAGAGCACUCCUAUGAACUGGACAGACAAAAUCCCCAAGUUGAAAUAUGGUCACAUUUCAUCAGUCUCCAGACUGGCAAUGCUGAUUGGACAAAUCAGCUAUUUUCUGAUGCCGUUACUGUGGGUAAUGGCGAAUAUCUCAUGGGCUUUUUAUGGAAUAAUACAAUUUUGAACAAUACCAUGAAGAAUGACAGACUAUGUAUAGUUAGUGAAAACUUCCAGAAUGAACCUGAAGAUUCAACAGGUGCUUCAUAUGCAGUGGGAAGAUACCCAUAUCAGCUGCUAGCACCAGAAAAUGUUGGUACCUGGGGAUGGCAAGAUAAAGAUGAAUUUGAGUCAACCAAGGUUUCUGAGUUAAAUCCUAAUGCAAAGGUGUGGGGAAAUCAUAUGUUACACUUGGAAGCAAGUGGUGCCACUGACGGUAGCGUGAGCAAAACGUGGGAAGAAAUACCUGACCAACCUCCAGAUUGUUGUAAAAAAGGACUGGAUGCCAACGGUGAUGGUGACAAAAAGCAUCAGAAUGCAGUGCUGACAGAGCUGCAGGAGCCAUCACCAGCUGUUUCGGUGUCAGACCAGACAGAUAUGAACCCUUUGGCUCUCGAUCAUUCUGAGUAUGAGUCUAUGCAUGAAACCACCCAGACAGGUGGAAGCGAACAGUUGCAGCCAGAAGGUCAGGAAGAUUUACGAGAAUUACUGAAAAAAACACUGGAAUUCUGUUUAUCUAGAGAAAAUCUUGCCAGUGACAUGUACCUUAUAUCACAGAUGGACAGUGAUCAGUAUGUGCCAAUUAUGACAGUAGCAAACCUUGAUCAUGUCAAGAAACUCAGUACUGAUAUGGAUUUGAUUGUUGAAGUGCUGAGAUCGUUGCCUUUAGUCCAAGUGGAUGAGAAGGGAGAAAAAGUUAGGCCAAAUCAGAAUCGCUGUAUUGUGAUUUUACGUGAAGUACCUGAAUCUACCCCCAUUGAAGAGGUUGAAGCACUUUUCAAAGGAGAUAAUUUGCCUAAGUUUAUCAACUGUGAGUUUGCCUAUAAUGACAAUUGGUUCAUCACGUUUGAAUCGGAAGCCGAUGCACAGCAGGCUUACAGAUACCUUAGAGAAGAAGUGAAAACUUUCCAAGGAAAACCAAUUAAGGCAAGGAUAAAAGCAAAGGCAAUAGCUAUAAACACAUUUUUGCCAAAGAAUGGAUAUAGACCUCUGGAUAUGAACCUCUACACGCAGCAGCGUUACACAACAUCCUUUUACUUACCUCCAGUAUACAGUCCCCAUCAGCAGUUUCCAUUGUACAGCUUAAUUGGCCCACAGACCUGGUCGGCCACGCACAGCUACCUUGACCCUUCAUUGGUAACACCAUUUCCAAAUACUGGAUUUAUCAAUGGGUUCACAUCUCCAACCUUCAAGCCUGCUGCUUCUCCAUUGACUACACUCAGACAGUAUCCUCCCAGGAACAGGAAUCCUAGCAAGUCUCAUAUACGACAUACAAUACCCAGUGCAGAAAGGGGACCUGGGCUUCUAGACAGUCCUACAAUAUUCAACUUUUCUGCUGAUCGUUUAAUCAAUGGCGUCAGGAGUCCACAGACGCGGCAGCCGGGGCAAAACAGGACACGGAUGCAGAAUGCUACUACGAGUUACACCAAGAGGGAAGUAGGAACUGGACGGAUGGAACAGACCAGCGUUGACUCGUCUCCUGGAUUAGGUAGAGGAAGGAAAAACUCAUAUGGCUACCGAAAGAAAAGGGAGGACAAGUUUACAAGAGGCCAAACACAGUCUCCACCACCCCCAAAACCUCCAUCUCCUAGCUUUGAAUUGGGUUUAUCUAGCUUUCCUCCAUUACCUGGGGCUGCUGGCAAUUUAAAGACCGAAGAUCUUUUUGAAAACAGACUGUCCAGUGUGGUAAUAGGAACGUCAAAAGAAAGAAACAUUAAUGUGGAUGCAAGUACAAACACUAUUCCAUCGGGAAUUCCUCGAGAGCCGUUGUUGCCAGUUUCUUCUACAUUGCCCAGGACGUUUGAAAGGUCUCCUUCGCCAUCCCAGUCUUCUGAGGACUCCAAGGUUGUGGAUAAACAGCAGAGAGAGACGCAGAGUACAGAAAGGCUUUCUUCUUCCACACUCAGUACUGCAUGUAAAUCGGUACAAGUCAAUGGGGCUGCCAUAGAACUGCGGAAACCUAGUUAUGCAGAAAUUUGCCAGAGAACAACUAAGGAUCCUCCUACAUUGCAACCCCAGAAAGAACAGAAGCCAAACACUGUAGCAUGUGGGAAAGAGGAAAGAAAGCCCACAGAAACAAUAGAGAAAAACAGAGAACCUCCUCCUGCAAAGUCACAUCCUGGACAACCCAAAGACCAGAGGAGACAGUCAGUACGCAGAUCGUCCCCUCCAGCCGUUGGCAAACGCUUAAGUAAAGAACAGAAUACCCCUCCAAAAUCUCCUCAGUGAAACUAACACCUGGGAGGGAUUUGAAAAGAGGUCUGCUUCCCACAAAUUAAACCCAUGUUCCCACUAAGAUACCUGAGAAUGAGUUGCUGGUUAGGAGCUUGCAGUGAUACUAGGC